AUGGCUGCAAUCGACGACGGGUGUCUUGACAUAGCGUGCAUCGGCCUGGGGGCCGACCAUCUCGAGUUUCUGAUGCUGGAAUCCUUCAACAUCAUCCUCAAGUAGGCGUGCGCGUGUGCAAGAGGCAGAUGCAUCACUGAUGAGCGCCUUAUCGUUUGUGCCGCUCUCCCCAUCAGCGACACGAGUGUCACAUUGAGCCAGCGAGCCAAGGAUGACAUCACUUGCAGGGUGGGUGGCUAGGUACGGGCGAAUACAUAUGUCACUGUGUGUGUCCUCCUGUCCUUUGUCGAUAGGGCGGCUGCGUCAAGGCCAUCCAGCGCUUCACCAAGCACCCUGACCAGGCCGUCAGCACUGAAGCCACGCAGGCAGUGAAGGCCCUCCAACUGCACGUGAGUCAGUCAAGUCUGCAACAACCACUGUCCCAUGGAUGUACGGCUAGCUUCCCCUGCGCAUCAGGCUACUGCUAAAAUGCAUCGAGUUGAAGCGGUCACCAGCUGAGGGUAUCGUAUCCACAGGCGGAUCAGAGGGAUGCUUGUCUUGUGCGGCCACGAACGAUGUUGACAGACAGCUGGAAGGAGAAACCGUUUAGUUAGUGCGGUCCUUCCUUGGUGUGUGUGGGAGAGGAGGGAAAGGUGCGAGUGAGUGCAUGGCGCCGGCAUUUUGUACGUAUGUCCAUUGCAUUUGCCAUCGACCGACGCGUGUGUGAGAUGUGAGACGCUGUAAGUGGCCUAUGGUUCGAUGUUUUUUGUGUGUGGCACUCACUCUUACUACUUACGAGAGUCAGGCCAGGCAGGUGUGUGCGCUGCGAUUUGUGUGUUGCAUGGCAUGCAGUUAGGCUCUUCGUCAGGUUGUUAUGGCUGUUAGCUUUCGAGUAAGGUCUCACUUAUUAUGUGCAUGUGUCUCCCCUAGCUGCCUAUGCCUGUCUGUCUGUCUGUCUGCUGGGGGCGCCAUGCCAUGAGGAUGUUUAUCUGGCUGGCCACUUGACAGGUCCUGUGUCUGCGCCACAGGCUGUGGCCGCUGUGCCAUGCACCAAUUAGUGCUGCGUUGGUCCUUCAUAAGUGUAUGUAAUAGUGACCCCCAGCCCUGUCUGGCCAUGGGUCAGGUCAGAGGAAGGGAGAGACGAGAGGGGAGGGGUCUAUAUGUCAAGGUGAGAUGCCAUCCAUGCAUUUGGACUGUCCAUGGACAGACGAGUCU